UAGGAGUAUUCCGUUUAAAAGGUAAAUUGCUUAAAAGUGUAACAAAAGCUUCACGCGAUAUCUUUUUUUUUCGCAUUUGAUUGCCGCUACUAAUAACAAGAAGCAACAGUAAUUUAAAAAGGUACUAGUGGAUGUCAGACAGUUCGAAUAGACUCUGUGAACCUUCCAUUCGUUACAGUAGAGGAUCGCCGGGGUUGAAAGUGAAAAAGGGUCCUAGUGUCUAUUGUUCUUUGCGGAGUUUUGCAAUUUCAUAAUUUAGUGUUCAGUGAAUAGACAGAGUGGUAAUUCGUCGGAAAGGAGCACCCACGAAAAAAAAUCGAAAGACAUGAAGAAAGGAAGAAGUUGCUACAUAUUCGUAUCGUUCUUUUUACUGUUGUUUUUCGUAUCACCGUCGGCGGCUUACGCUCUCACGACCUUUGGUAAAACCAACCCUCAGAAUCAAAAUCAAAAUCCUCCGCCGCCGCCUACGCCAGUUGGAAAAGCUCGUGAAUGUAAGUUAGAGUCUGAUUGCGCCGGUAUACAAAAUACAACAUGUAUAGCAGAUCCACGAGAUGGAAGAACACGUUGUCUGUGUGGUGAUUAUUCAGCACCGCUUAACGGCGCGUGUACCAACAAAUUUAAAGCACUACGAACUCCGUGCAACGAAGAUUCUGAAUGCGUUGAUGGUGCACAUUGCGUAAAAUAUAAUACAACUAUCACUGGGAAACGUUGUUACUGUCAAGAUGGAUAUUACGAAGAGAGUCCUUUAGUUUGUAACGGUAGUGCAUCAGUCUUCGUAUCUCACAUGUCGAUUCUGUUAGCUGUUUUAAGUAUUUUAAAUGAAAAUAUUAGAUCUCUAUAAAUACUAAAGUCCCGUUAUAUUAUUACAAAAUACAGGGUGAAUCAAAAGGGUUGAGCAGAACUUUGGGAAUGAAUUUUAUGUUUCAAAAUACUUAAGAAAAAGUUCAUAUGAACAUAAUAUAUGUCCAG